CCGACAUGCCGCCCGAGCGGCCGGCCCCCUGGAGCCGCUGCCUGGCCGGCCUGCGGGAGCUGACGGCCACGGGCAUCCAGUCGGUGCGGGACUGCGACGCGGCGGCGCUGGCCACCGUGGCCUGCCUGCUGGUCCUGCUGCUGUGGUACUGCCGGCGCGUGGGCCGCGAGCGCCCCCCGGCCCCCGGCGGCCCGGCGGCCGGCGGCCCGGAGGCCCCGGGGCCCGGGGCGGGGGCCGGCGGCGGGGGCCCCCCGGCCGAGCCGGCCUACUGCCGGGCCCCCGGGUGCCCGCGCUGCGCGGCCGGGGCCGGGCCGGACCGCCGGCUCUACCGUCACCUGCAGGAGUACGCCAGGCGCUACUCCUGGGCCGGCAUGGGCCGCGUCCACAAGGGCGUGCGCGCCCGGGGCCGCCACCUGGCCGGGCGGCCGGCCAUCCAGAAGCCGGAGGUCUUCCUCCUGCCGGACCUGCCCAGCGCUCCCUACUUCUCGCGGGAGGCCCAGAAGCACGACGUGGAGCUGCUGGAGCGCGGCUUCCCCACCGUGCUGGCCGAGUUCCUGCGGCUGGCCAGGGCCUUCUCCAACUGCAGCCUGCCGCAGGGCUGGCGGCUCCACGGCACGCCCCGCGGCCAGUGGCUCACCUUCCCGCUGGUCAGCCGGGGCGUCCGCGUGCCCCGCAACUGCAGGAGGUGCCCUCGGACGUUCCGCCUGCUCGGGACCCUCCGCACCUGCAUCGGCAACAACGUCUUCGGCAACGCCUGCAUCUCCGUCCUCGGGCCCGGCACCGUCGUCGCCGAGCACUACGGCCCCACCAACGUCCGCCUCCGCUGCCACUUGGGUCUCAAGACCCCGAGCGGCUGCGAGCUGGUGGUCGGGGGCGAGCCCCAGUGCUGGGCCGAAGGCCAGUGCCUGCUGUUCGACGAUUCCUUCCUGCACACCGCGUUCCACGAAGGUCCCCAGGAGGAGGGCCCCCGCGUCGUCUUCACGGUCGACCUGUGGCACCCCAACGUCGCGGCCGCCGAGCGCCAGGCCCUCGACUUCAUCUUCGCCCCGGGGCGGUGAGCCCGGGCCGCGGGGGCCCGGCGGCGGGGACGGACGGAGGCCGGCCUCGCCGGAGGGCUCCGCGCGGGCCCCCUCCCGCGCGACGGCGCGGCCCCUCCGGGCCUCGGGCCGCAGCCCCCUCCCUGCCGCCGGCUCCUCGAACCCGGGCCCCGGGAAGCCGGCUCCGUCGGAACGCGUUCCCGUCGGCCACGCCGGCCGUCUCGGGGGCCCGCCGCCCGGCCGGGUCCUCUCUCCUCACUGCCAACCUCAGCCGCCACCCCACUGCCAGACCGGGCCCCAGCCGGUCCCGCUCCCGACCCCGGGGAGGGAGGAGUCGGCGUCUCCUGGGCGAACUGGAAUUCGUACGAUCCCACCCAGGUCUCCGCGUCGCUUGGACGUUCUGCGGCCCGGGGCCCUCCCCGCCCUCAGCGUCUCGCCUCCGCGCUCCCAGCUGGCGGGGGGAGCGCCCGUGCCCCCCACCCCGGCCUACCAGAAACUCCGGGCCGCGGCCCAGGCCUUCCGGGGCGGGGCCGGGGCGGUGGGGAGGUGACCGCGCGCCCGGCCCCGGGGGCGCCCGAACCCCGCGUCGGGCCGCGCUCGGCGUUUUCUCUUCGGGAGCCCGUAGUCGUCUGUCAGUGUCGUUCAGUUCGUAGCCCGUGAGUGCCGUGCUAGAAACGGCCGGUCCCGCAACCGGAGAGCCGUCGCUCUUCCCCGGGGUUUGGGGGGGGGGGGGGGGGGGGGGGACGGCGGAGGGAUCAAAGCGCCCCGUCCCCCCCUGCCCCCCGGAGGACGCGGGUAUCCGACCUCAAAGUCCCCGAGAUCAUCUCUUUAGCAAACGUGGUGCAGAGAAAUCAUCUCCAUUCGAGGGAAUUAUUUAUACACGGAGUUUUUUUUCUUUUGUUUUUCCUCAAGCUCUGAGAUUAAAGACGAGGGCGGAAAUUUC